UGCCUUCUAUAAAUAGAGGGCUCGACAUCUCAUCCAUUACUUCGAUUCAAUUCACGUUUUUCUCAUACAAUUAAAUAUUAGACAACGAUUUCCAACUGUACUCUCGAUUGCCAUCAUAUUUAUGAUCAACGCGUUUCAUAUGGACUCCGAAAGCAUUCAAUUUGACGCUAAAGUCAACGCUUUGGAAAAACUACCCAAAGAUGAGACUUUGAAACUUAGAGAGCAACACAUCGGGGGUUCGGUUACACUGUUUUUCAAACAAAGUCCACUCAAGAUUGUGAGAGGAAAGGGACAGUAUAUGUACGAUGAAGAGGGCAACGAAUACUUGGACUGUAUCAACAAUGUGGCACAUGUGGGCCAUUGCCACCCGCAUGUCGUCAAAGCGGGUGCCGAUCAGAUGUCACUCAUAUCAACCAAUAGUCGCUUCCUUCACGACAAUCUCGUUAUGUAUGCCAAACGAUUGACCGCUUAUUUCCCGAAAGAGCUCUCUGUUUGUUAUUUCGUUAAUUCCGGAUCGGAAGCAAACGAUUUGGCCAUUCGUUUGGCGAGAGCUCACACUAACCAUAAAGAUAUAAUCUCACUCGACGGUGCAUAUCACGGACAUCUCACCACAAUUGUUGACAUAUCGUCGUAUAAAUUCAAAAAGAUUAAGGGCUCCAAACAGAAGUCAUGGGUUCAUAUUGUGCCGUUACCCUGUUCGUAUAGAGGCAAAUACACGACAGACAAACACCCGGAGACCCACAUCGGAGCCCUCUAUGCCAAAGAGGUGCAGAAUCUUAUAAACAAUGCCCACAAUUCUGGCCGAAAUAUCGCCGCCUUUAUCGCCGAAUCAAUGAUCAGUUGCGGCGGACAAGUAGUACUGCCCCACCAUUUCCUCAAGACUGCA